CGUAAUGUAAUGGCUACCUCCACACAGUCUGUCAACACGCUCUGAAAAACAUGGAAUACAGUGUCUUUAUUUUAAACUUCGUUUACCGAGAUCAUCCCAAAGGCCUUACACCGAGGGACAUAUUUAGACUAAUACUAGAAAGGACCUGAAAUGUGUUUAUUUCAGUUACCAGAGGAUGUCCUCUACCUCAUCUUUUCGUAUUUGGACUGCAAGUCGCUGUGUCGUCUGUCUCAAGUUUGCCGGAGACUUUAUCAUUUUACAAGUCGUGAUGCAGUAUGGAGGAAGAUAGCGAAAGAUCUUAUCAACACAGGAAUAACACGCCAAGGAGGAGACUUGUAUCCACACAUUCUUUUAAAAGAUAGGGUGAGGACAUCACAGAACUGGUUACAAGGGAGCUGUCGCAAAGAAACUCUGCUGAAGUGGAAACCGAACUUGUUGCCGUGGCUACAGCUGGACAGGGAUGUGCUGUAUCUGUCUCAGGCUGCCGACAUCGGAGCGUACCAUCUCAGUCCGGAGAGGGGGAGGUUCCAGCACAACCGCUUCGCUCUGUUCUCGGGUCACCAGGAAGACGUGUGUCGAUUUGUCCUCACUGACACGCACCUCAUCAGUGCCGGAGGGGAUGGCAAGAUCAUCAUUCACCAUAGAACUAAUGACCUCUCGAUGGAGUUCUAUGGCCACAACCAAGAGGUGAACUGCAUCGACUGCAAAGGAGGACUGAUCGUCAGCGGCUCCAGAGACAGGACAGCGAGGAUCUGGACAAUGGCUCCAAAUCGUCUUGGGGAAUGUCUACACACUAUCCCGCUGUUUGAUAGGGUCUGGUCAAUUGCCAUCAGUCCCACCAUUAGCACCUUUGUGACGGGGACGGCCUGCUGUGUGAACUCUACCCCUCUACGCAUCUGGGACACCGAGAGAUGUCAGUUGGUGUCUUGUUUGGGUGCAGGUUUUCGGCGUGGAGCAGGUGUGCUGGAUAUCAUCUAUGAGUCUCCGUUCCAGCUCCUGACCUGCGGUUACGACACAUACAUCCGCUACUGGGACCUCAGGGUCUGCUCCAGGAAGUGUGUGAUGGAGUGGGAGGAGCCCCACGACAGCGCACUGUACUGCAUCCAAUCGGACGGGAACCACCUGAUCGCCAGCGGCUCCUCCUACUAUGGGGUGGUGCGGCUCUGGGACCGUAGGCAGACACGCGGACUACAGAUGUUCCAGUUGGCCUCCUCCACCAGUAGUCCGGUGUACUGCCUGCGUCUGAACUCAUCGCACCUCUACGCUGCGCUGGCCUCCGCUCUCUACUCACUGGACUUCAACGCACCAGCACCACCUCCCAGGGGCCGGAGAUGACCCAACACACACACACACACACACACACACACACACACACACACACACACACACACACACACACACACACACACACACACACACACACACACACACACACACACACACACACUCACUGGACUUCACCGCACCACCAGCAGCAGCAGCAGCAGCCAGGACCAGGGAAUGACCCCACACACACACACACACACACACACACACACACACGCACACACACAUACACACACAAAAUCAUAAUUACACUCACAAACAAACAGAUACGCAAAUAGGUGCUCAUAUAUAGACGCAAACAAAGUCUCAUUUAUUUACACCAUAGACA